UAACUUAAGUAGUGUGUACGUCAAUGCAGACGUAUGUACCCCGUGAUGCGGCAUCCCUGGAAGAACAGUUGGGACGAGGCCUCUUCCGUUCCUCCUGGCCACUUUCACUAACUCUAAGACAAGCCCUGGCCUCCGUCGCUGCCCCGCGUGCUAGCGAGCGAUCUGACUGCCAGAUGAGUUCAGAGGAAGGAGGGCUGAAACCUUUUAUGUCGGAGUGCGGGAACUGAUGGAGCCCGCACAUCUCCCGCUUGAAAUUACCUCUCUGGAAGAAUAAUGUGAUGUGUUACCCGAGAUGGUGUGAACAGAACUUCCAGCCAAUGGAGAAGACUAGGCCUAAAUAGCUGAACCGGUGAAGUGACCGUUUAAAGCCCCUCCUGGAGUAUCCCAUCUUCAGCAGUCAUUCUCUGUUCAAAUGCAUUUAUGGCUGGUUCAGCAGAUUCCUACACAAGCAGACCAUCUGAUUCAGAUGUCUCUCUGGAAGAGGAUAGAGAAGCGAUCCGUCAGGAAAGAGAGCAGCAAGCAGCCAUUCAGCUUGAAAGGGCAAAGUCCAAACCAGUAGCCUUUGCGGUGAAGACCAACGUGAGUUACUGCGGAGCCCUCGACGAAGAUGUGCCCGUCCCCAGCACUGCCAUCUCCUUUGACGCCAAGGACUUCCUGCACAUUAAAGAGAAAUACAACAACGAUUGGUGGAUAGGGAGGCUGGUUAAGGAGGGCUGCGAAAUCGGUUUCAUUCCAAGCCCCCUUCGACUGGAGAAUAUCCGGAUUCAGCAGGAGCAGAAAAGAGGACGCUUUCAUGGAGGGAAAUCGAGCGGAAAUUCUUCUUCCAGCCUCGGCGAAAUGGUAUCGGGAACCUUUCGAGCUACACCCACUUCGACUGCAAAGCAGAAGCAAAAAGUGACGGAGCACAUUCCUCCCUACGACGUCGUGCCAUCCAUGAGGCCGGUGGUGUUGGUGGGUCCGUCGCUGAAAGGUUACGAGGUGACGGACAUGAUGCAGAAAGCCCUCUUUGACUUCUUGAAGCACAGGUUUGAUGGGAGGAUAUCAAUAACCAGAGUGACGGCUGACAUUUCUCUCGCUAAGAGGUCUGUCCUAAACAAUCCCAGCAAGAGAGCAAUAAUUGAACGGUCGAACACCCGCUCCAGUUUAGCUGAAGUGCAGAGUGAAAUUGAAAGAAUCUUCGAGCUGGCAAGAUCCUUGCAACUGGUUGUCCUGGAUGCAGAUACUAUCAAUCAUCCAGCUCAGCUUAUAAAGACUUCUUUAGCUCCAAUUAUCGUCCAUGUGAAAGUAUCAUCUCCGAAGGUUUUGCAGCGGCUGAUUAAAUCCAGAGGAAAGUCCCAAAGUAAACACUUAAAUGUUCAGUUAGUGGCAGCUGAUAAACUUGCACAAUGUCCCCCGGAAAUGUUCGAUGUCAUUUUGGAUGAGAACCAGCUUGAGGAUGCAUGUGAGCACUUGGCAGAAUACCUUGAGGCCUACUGGAGGGCCACCCACACAACGAGCAGCACACCCAUGACGCCCCUGCUCGGGCGAAACCUGGGCUCCACAGCGCUUUCCCCCUACCCCACCGCCAUUUCAGGAUUACAGAGCCAGCGCAUGAGACACAGCAACCACUCGACGGAGAACUCUCCGAUUGAAAGACGAAGCCUAAUGACCUCCGACGAAAACUAUCACAACGAGAGGGCCCGGAAGAGUCGGAAUCGGCUGUCUUCCAGUUCCCAGCACAGCCGAGAUCAUUAUCCUCUUGUGGAAGAGGAGUACUCUGACUCCUACCAGGACACUUACAAACCACAUAGGAACCGAGCCUCUCCGGGGGGAUAUAGCCACGAUUCCCGACACAGGCUUUGAGUUUAAGAGCUCCCCUCCUCUCCCGCCGGGGGAAGGAAUUCAUCCCCAUCCCUUGACGACUUGCCAUCCCAUAUCUAGGACGAACCAAUCAUCUUAACAUGGCAGGUACGGCGCAGCUUGGCUGUGCUUACGGGCUGCUGACGUUGGCUGCUGAGUAAGGGGCAAAAAAAAUAUACAUCCUGCCCUCUCGUUUAUGUGGAAAUGAAUUGCCCAGUCGUAUAGUUUUUUUGUUUUUCUUUUUAGUGUGACAUCCACAUCAGCACAGAACUUUUUUUCUUCAUUAGGUAUUAGACACAUCAGUGUGUAAUUUAGGGUAUUUACCAAGGCACAUAUAAAAUAAUUUCCUGUGCUGGAAAUUCCAAAUGACCAGUUCCAGUUGGAACCAAUUUAUAAACCAAUUCCUGUUGGAAUUUGGGUGAAUUUGACUGGAAAGUCUACUUGAGCAUGUUGCAAUCAAUUGAAAAAUUUGAAAAAAAAAAAAUGCUGAUGAAUAUGAGGAAAAAAAAAACCACAAUUCCAAUACAAGCCAAAAAGAGCUACAGCAUUUAUUUGCUGGAAGCUAAAUUUACACUUACGGUUGGAAUACAGAAACAUUUUAAUGUACACGUUAACUUUCCUGAAUGGCUUUUUCAGACUUACCAAAUGAAAUGUUGAUCGUGCCAAAUAGCUCAGAUUAACGCGGCGGUUUUGCGGUAUUUUCAGCUUUCAAUGUUGUAGCAUCCCCGCCCCCCUACAUCUUCCCCAUCCCUCCCACGGCUUUCGCUGUCAAAGUGUUUUUCUUUUGUGUAGUCAUUACCGCUGUUUCUCUCCAUGUCAGCGAGGAUCAUCUGAAUGUCUUCUGCACUGAGAAGGGAGGGGGAGAAGAAAUGGGAGGCACAGAUGCGUAGCCUGGUGGUGCAAUGAAAUGGACCGAGGUCCUCUCUUGGGUCGAGCGAGAACCCACCGACCAAGUUAAUCCAGUGUCGGACAGGAAGAGCAAGGGGGAGGGAGGGGAGUUCUUCUCCCAUACCGAGUUUGCCCUUCUGAAGAAAGGCCUUGGUCUCUGCCAUCGAUUAUGCACAUACGGAUUCAGUCCUUUACCCGCCUGCACCUCGGCAACAUGUCGCUCCAUCUCUACUUGCGGGGGAGCGGAGGGUCCUGGCCCUAUUCUUAUCGCUUCAUAAUCCCCUGGAGAAAGGUUUUGUUUUUUUUUAAUGUAGUCACUUUCAAUUUUAAUAUCGAAGCUAAGUUUCUACGGAAUGCGGUGGGUAAAACUUCUGAAGCGAUCAGACUUUAAAAGCUUGAUAUAAAAAUGAACAUAGCACCCGAAAAGACCCUCGAAAAUGAUAACGCUGACAUUUUUAAUGCGUAGAAUUAGAGGAUAAAGGAAUUUGGAGAUUUUUUGCUGCCUUGUUUCUAAUGAACACUCCCCGUCCCGACCCUCUUCUGAGACUCGGAAGUGAUUUUCUAGGGGACUCAUUCGUGUCACUGGAGACCCUGUGUCUUACCAUUAUCGACGAAGCCUUAGAUUCAGAAUAGUCCAGGUAAUUAGUGGAACCGACUCUAAUUUUGGAAAGGCUCAACUAUCUUUAAACAGAGAGACUUUUUCGAAGCAUGCAUUUUCUAAAAGCUGGAAAGGGCCUAUGCUUAAAAAUCCUUUUUCUCUGGUUCAUGUCUCGAAGCCUUGUCUUUGAAAACGGUAAUGAUUAAUCGGUAUGUUUUCUUGUUUCUCUUCUCCAAGCCUCCUUUUGUUCAGGCUGUCAGAGCAUGUAGCAGUUAAACGAUUUUCCUAGCCAGUCAGACGUUUUUAGUUUUCUGGACCAAUUGCCAAGAGAAGUUUGAACUUCCCUGUCCUUCCAUCUCCUCCUCUCUGGUGCAUCUCCCGCUAUGAAGCCGAUUAACUGACGGGGAGGCUAACUAUUGGAAAUGCAACUCAUGCCAGAUUCUUGAUGCCAGUUCCCACCAUUUGUCUUCAGCAAAUUAAAAGGCAGCAGGUUCAGCUGUGACCUUUAGGAUUGCCUUUUGGGUUUGUUUCGUUUGGAUGUUACGGCCAUCUAGAGAAUCCAUUCAGAUCAUCUAGCGUUUCAGUUAACGACAUUUGAAAAGCUGCAUUCGGCGGAAUAAUUGAACAAGAACAAUCAUAUAGAUGAAGGUGUAACCUGUCAUUUCGAAUAUUUUCAGCUAGAGCACAGAUGAGCAUUCUCCGGUAAUUUUAAAGUAUAGUUAUUACAUGUACAGCACACAUUCGCAUGAGAAAGCAAACAGGCAAAACAUUUUUCUAUAAGCUUUACCAGUUUCUUCUUUGUGUGCAUUAAAGUAUUAAUUGCAAAGAAUGCACUGAGAUGUAUAAUUCUAGACUAGAACAGUUAAUCAGCUUUAUUCUGUAGUAACAUUAGUGAUCAAACCAUUUAAUGCUUGAAGAUAUUUACAUAGUAGGGCAGGAAGCUACCACAGCUUUCUCAUAUAUUUUUCUGGACAAGAUUAGUUGCAUCCUUAUUUUGGGUAUAAAGAUAUCAUUUAAUUUAAAAGCCUUCCGAAGCUUUGUCUUCCGUGUCGUACCCGUAAAGGUAAUGGUCAACACAAAAUUCACCUUCCACUCUAUGUCCAGAGACAACGUGAACUUUGUUUUGCGUUCUCAUAAUAAUAAUAAUAAUAAUAAUGUUCUCAUCCAAAGGAACCCAGAUAGUUGUGAUGGGGCAUGUCAUGUAUAUUUUCUUGAGAGACAUUUUAAAUUUAGCAGAUUGUUUUCACCUUCCUUGUGUGGGCAAUAGGCUUAUUUUCUGCAGAUGAACAACAUAAGUUCCAUUUUUCUUUUUUACACUUUAAAUCGUGUGUGAGUGUGUACAAGACAUUAACUACAGAUAUACAUAAAUAAAUAAGUUUUAUUUUUGGCAAGCAUUACCAUACACCUUUUUUAAAAGAACGAAUACUUGGUUUUUACUUCAUUUGAACAGUGUUAAUUCAGUUUUAAAAGUAACAAAUUUUAAUUCACAGGGGGGAAAAAAAAAGCUGCGGUGUUAUCUGGACCAUUUUAACUCAUAGUAGAAACCAUAUAUUAGAACUUCUACAGUGUUAGCCAGCUGUCUCGUGAUAUAUUAUGCAAUGGCUUCAUGUGAAGUUGUGGAGUUAACGUAGUCCUCGAUGAAUAGAAGUAAUAGCAAUUUUUCAAUCCUAGUAUCAAUUCUCAUUGAACAGGGUUAUAUUGUUUAACUCCAAUACGUAAAGCAGUACUUAGAAAUGUUUAUAAAUGAGUGAUGGUUCUUUGUUUCAGCUCUGUUUUCUUUUGAAAAAUACUGGUCUCGAUCACUUAAAUUGUUAGUCCGUGCUAAUAUGACAAUCUUAAUUAUACGAUCGGUUUAAGAUAUGGCAAUUAUUAGCCUACACUGAGAGAGUAUUAGAGAAAUGAGCAAAUCAAUGAGAAAUUGCUUGUUCCUUUCUAAUUUUUUUUCUUUUUCUGUAGUAGGGGAGAAACUAAAGAUAUUUUUGAAAAUUGGUAGCCUUUUUUUCUACCUCUUUACUUGAACUUUUUUUGGUGGGGGUGAGUUGCACCAAAAGUGAAUUUCCAAAUUUAAAGUCUACAAAUGAACGUAUCGUGAAAAUUGUACGUAAAUGAGGGGUGUGUUAGUCCAGAAUGCUCCUAGGCAAAUUUGCUGCAAGCUAGCAUACUGCUGAUUUGAUUCCUUUACGUUGUUUGUGGCUAAAACAAAAAAAAAAUGUAGUUGUUGUCCUUUAAUGAUGGCCCUUAACGUAUCCCUUGAACCAGAAAUCAGCCUGACUUUAGGAAACAAACCUGACAGGCCAAAAUGAUGGAAAGGUUAGAAGGGUUGACCUUCCUUCAGAGUUAAUUGCAUUUUAUUGGCCCCGUUUAUAUUCAUAUUUCAAAACCUCUAAUUCCAACAGUUUCUCCAUUCCCACUCACAUUCCUUCCUUCUUUAUGUACUUUCCCGGGUGCCGGUUGACAAUUACCUGGAAGAUUCAAAACUGAGCAAGUUGUUCGGGGAGUAAAGAAACUGCAAGGGAGUAUUGGGCGAUUUUCUUAGCCGCCACUUGAGUCUGGCAAAAAAGGUAAAAAGUGAUUUACCACGGGUGUGUCCAAGCCUAAUAAAGUUGUACUCUGUUAUGUUUGGGGCUCACCUUUA